AUGAGGGCACCCCAAGAAUCUCAGGCCUCCACUCAUUACAACAGCUUCUACAGCCGACCUACGCAGAACACCAACACAUAUGCUUUUCUCAACAAUGACUCUGCUGGCAUCAAAAAGGGCAAAGGCACUGAAGUCUCGUUCCAGGCCUACACUGAACAGUUCUUCACUCUCGAGUCAACCCCCGCAUCCGACUUCCCCAACUACAGCUCACCCUCGGGCCCGAGCUUCUCGUCCGGAAGAAGCCCGUUAUCUCCCCCGGGCUCCCAAUCCUACGCAUCUGAUCUCCACCAACAUACGCCGGUCAACACUGACAACGGGUCCCCCCUGAGUAGUUCCUCUGGUGUCGAGGACGAGAACAAGCUGCUGCACGCGCUUUGGGUGAUUAGGCACGAGUUACUGGGGCCCGAGUCAGAAACCGACGACAGCGGCUUCUACAAUGGUAUGGCCGCAGGCCCCCCGCAGCCUUCCUCCCCCUUCACUAAAUACAACAGGAUCCUCGAGAUGGCCCACCACAUGGACCUCAAGCAGCUCCUCCUCACAUGUGCCGAGAUCAUCUCUGAAUCCGACACACUCCCGCCCCCCGACCGCCAGGUGGCGAUCUCCGCCUCGGAGGCCCUCAUGGACAUAAUCGAGAAAAUGGUCUCCAUCUCCGGCGACCCCUCCCAGAGAUUAGGCGCGUACAUGCUCGAAGGUCUCCGGGCACGACUCCUAUCCUCGGGGAGCAUAAUCUACAAAAAACUCAAAUGCAAGGAGCCGACGAGCUCCGAACUCAUGUCCUACAUGCACGUGAUAUACCAAAUCUGUCCUUACUACAAAUUCGCCUACAUCUCCUCCAACGCGAUCAUAACCGAGGCCAUGGCGAACGAGAGAAGAAUCCACAUCAUCGACUUCCAAAUCGCCCAGGGCAGCCAGUGGGUGUCCUUAAUCCAGGCCCUCGCCCGUCGGCCCGGUGGGCCCCCGUUUGUUCGGAUAACCGGCGUUGAUGACUCAGAUUCGGCCCACGCACGCGGAGGCGGGCUCGAGCUCGUCGGCCGGCGGCUAUCCCACGUGGCAGAGUCGUGUGGGGUCCCGUUUGAGUUCCACGGGUCGGCUAUCUCGGGUUGCGAGGUCCGGCUCGAGAACUUAAACGUCCGGCAAGGAGAGGAGGCCCUGGCCGUGAACUUCCCGUACGUGCUUCACCACAUGCCGGACGAGAGCGUGAGCACCGCGAACCACAGGGACAGGCUGCUGAGGCUCGUGAAGGGGCUUUCGCCGAAAGUGGUGACGCUCGUCGAGCAGGAGUCCAACACCAACACGUCGACCUUCUUCCAGCGGUUCUGCGAGACGCUCGACUAUUACACGGCGAUGUUCGAGUCGAUCGACGACGCGGCGCGCGCGCGGGAUGACGGGACGAGGAUCAGUGCGGAGGAGCACUGCGUGGCCAAGGAUGUGGUCAACAUUAUAUCGUGCGAGGGGGUUGACCGGGUCGAGAGGCACGAGCUCUUUGGGAAGUGGAGGAUGAGGCUCGCGAUGGCCGGAUUUGUUCCGGUGCAGCUCGGCCCGGCGGUCGGGCCUGCGAUUAGGGACAUGUUGAAGGAGUACAGCUCGAAUUAUGGGCUGGCGGAGGCCGACGGAGCGCUGUAUCUCGGGUGGAAGAGCCGGGCUUUGGCGACGUGUUCGGCGUGGAGAUGA